GCUGAAUGGGAUCCCAGUGAGAUCUGGCACAGAGGGGGGAGAGCAGGGGAGCAUAGCACAAGUCCUGGGGGCGGUUUGAGCUGAAACUAUUCCACCGCCAGACUUCCAUUGACAUUCCUCCGUGUGUGCGGCCCACAGAGCGGAGCCAAGGCGGGUUUACGGUGCGUAAUUACGCACGAGCAUACGACGGAUCCGCGGUGUCGCCGGCUGUGGACACCGGGCGGACAAAGGGAAGAAGGCGAGCGGGCUGGAGUACAACAACUGACUUGAGAGGAGGAGUGCUGCUGGAGGGGGGGAACCAGGGGAUCUGGAGUCGGAAGUGAUUUCUCUUCUUUCUUUCUUCAGAAAUGUAACUUACGCUUCAGGAUUUCACAUGAGAACAUAAUCGAGUUGGGAGACGCAGAGGAAACACGGGACGGAAAGAGUUCGUGAGUGGAAUCUUUCCCUUGAACCAGCAUCCAGAUCCUCGGAGCAUGGGAGGAGUUGUCUACGAGCUGUAAAAUGUACCCGCUACACCGAGAGAGGGAGCAGCCCAUCUUCAGCGCCAGAGCUCAUGUCUUCCAGAUUGACCCGGCCACCAAACGCAACUGGCUGCCGGCCAGCAAACACGCCGUCACCGUGUCCUUCUUCUACGAUGCCAGCCGCAGCGUCUACCGCAUCAUCAGCGUGGGGGGGACCAAAGCUAUCAUCAACAGCACCAUCACCCCCAACAUGACCUUCACCAAAACCUCCCAGAAGUUCGGCCAGUGGGCGGACAGCCGGGCCAACACGGUGUACGGACUGGGCUUCUCCACCGAGCAGCAGCUGCAGCAGUUUGCAGAGCAGUUUAAAGAGGUGAAGGAGGCGGCCCGACUGGCCAGAGAGAAAUCCCAGGAGAGGUUUGAACUGGCCAACCCUGCCCUCAGCAUUGCAGCUCCACAGCUCUCCCAGGAGUUGUCGGAGGAGCGACAUUCGCCGCCGCUGCUGACCGUUAAUGGGCCGGGCGAGGAGAAGCUGUUUCGCAGUAAGAGCGCCGAAGUGGAGCUGACGGUGGAGAAGGAGAGAGUCAAGAAGAUGCUGUCUGAAGGGUCCAUGUGUGAGAUAAACAUGGAGGCAGAGCUCUUCACCCUGCAGGACAGUAACGCCAAACUGGUGGAGGCGCUGCAGGAAGCCAACAGCAGCGUGGAGCAGUGGAAGAAGCAGCUGGCUGAAUACCAGGAGGAGACGGAUCACCUGCGAGACCAGGUGGAGGAUCUGGAGGCCCAGCUGGGGCAUCCUGCUGCCGCUCAGACUGGUAGAGAGGAGCUGAACCGCUCACUGGAGGAGCUGGAGGCCCUGCUGAGCGCCAGAGACCAGGAAAUUCACAAUCUACAGAGCAAGAAAACAGAUGUGAGCGAGCUGGAGAGGGAGAGAGAAGAUGCCAUGCAGAGACUGCAGGAUCUGGAGAGACGAAACACCGAGCUGGAGGACCGGGUUCAGAGCGCCGAGAACACGCUGGCCUCCAGCCAGGAGGAGCGGGAGCAGGCGGAGGGCGAGGUCCUCCGCAUCAUCGAGGCUCUGGACGUCAAAAUCUGCGACCUGAAGGACCUGAGACAGAGCCUAGAGAAACUGGUUGACAAAUAGCCUCAGUUGGGCGGUUGGGCUGCAUCUCCACAGUCAGAGCCCGUCUCCUUCAUGUGGCCUUGAUUUGUGUUUCACUGAUGUAAAAGCAGAGGAGGAAUCAAAGCAAUAUGAAUCAAAGGAGGGAGACAUAAGGGCGUUUACCUUCAUGGAUCUGUUUUUUAGGAUCAGUGCAGGAAAACACACCAAUCAGAAACCUCUUACAGGUGCAGAAUAAUCCAUCUGCACCGUGCAUCAUUGUCACUUCCACCUUGGAAUAAUUAUCAUAAGCAUAAUGAGGUUUGGUCUAAUUGGCCACUGCUACUUGUUGUUCCAUGUCAUAAUUCCCACCAGCUGCACGUCCUUCAGUCCCUCAAUCCAGAAGAGCAUGAAAUUCUUUUUUUCAUCCUCCACCGUCACUGACAACUCACUCAAAAUAGGUGAGGUCCAGUAGCUCUGGAAGAACAGCGCCCCCCCUCCUCAUUUUGAUGUCAUAGCAGCCGGAUGUGAAAGGUUAAAAUCUGACCUGGUGGUUAACAGAGUAAAAAGUACAGAGCAGAAGCAGAAAGACCCUUAAAGUCUUUUCAGCAGAGGUCUCAUGUUGUUAUGGUGAUUAUAGUGAUGCCUCAAAAUGCAUGAUGACUUCACAGCAAUACACAGUUCUGCACAAAGCCCCUUUUAAAGGAGGAUUUGGUGUUUUGCAAAGACCUUUCCAACAGGUGCCGGAGCAUUUUCUACUUGCUCUUUAGUUUUUUUUUGUGUUAUCUAUUAUUAUUUAAUACAAAAUCUAUUAUGAUCCGCUUCUAAAUCUAAUAGCAUAUUAUUUUAUCGAAGGGAGAAGCGAGAGGAGGAGCAGACUUGGGAACAAUCAAAAACUAACGGCCUGUCAAACUAACAGCAGGAGCUGCAUCAGGGAUGGAUGGUUGAAAAAUAAAGUUUUAUGGACAAUUACAUUUUAUAACUCUUCUAAACAUUAAUACUUAAUAAUUCUGGACACAUAGAAACCUCAGUGACUGCCCAUAAAGGCUUUUUUCAGUGCAGUUUGGCAGAAGCCCAUUUUCACAUUAAACUAAUGAGGCUCACUCGUAAUAUAAAUCUAACGUUUCUCAUGUUACUGGUGAAUCUUAAAAAGUGAGAGCUAGUGUGGCAAUUACAAAAUAAUCAAGCUAUACAAGAAACACGUCCUCUUUUGUACAAUAACAAGCUUAAGUUUAUUUUGGCUGUGGAGAUGCACCCAGCAGGAGUUUGGUUGUGGUAAGGACACAUGGAGGCAAAGACCCUGAAUACAGUCAGUUCCGGUUCACCAUCAGCAGCCUGCACUGGACCACUGCACCAACAUCAACAGAAGAGAAGCAAAAAACAACCUGCUCCCGUUGUGUUCUGAGGAUCACCAGCGCAGAACCAUUGUUUUUGGCUCAUGUUUCAUAAGGACUGCCUCUCUCUCUCACCUCUCACUCCAUCAUUCAGGUCCAUCGAUGAGUUCCUCACAGUCAAGGUGGGACAUCAAGCUGCAGCUGGUAGAUUGGUCCUCUCCACCGGCCUCUGACAGGUUGAUGCUGGCUUUUUCCACCCUGAUGCUGAUGAGUUGAACCUGAGACUGCUCUUGAUAAUGUCUGUGCCAACUUUAAUUUUGUCUACUUUGUUGUUUACAAGUUUUGUUUUUUUUUUUUUUGGUCCGUGUUCACACAAAUGAAUCUUGAUCUACAUUGUGUACUUUGUGUUUCACGACACUACAGUUUACCAUUAUAGUAAUAAUAACCCUGAGGCUUAGUGAAGCGGCAGAGCGUAGAUCCUUAGAGAGCACUGCAUGAGCUCUGCAGAAGCCCCCGUACCUGCCAAGUAAUGUGACGCACGUUACUUAGCAGCGUGCUACCUCGAGUUAAAAAAGCACAACUGCAGUAGUUUUAGCGACUGGGUACUUAAUUGACUUGUCCGUCAAGCUUUGUAUGUGAACUUCUGAUGCACACUAUCGAUCUUUGCUUCUCACCCUCUGAUGAGUUAUGGAUUUCUUCACAUGACAGUAAUGUAGGUACAGUUGAGGUGCGGUUCCUCACAGCUGAUGAUGCAGUAGCUUCCACGAUGAUGACAAACAUGUCCGAAUGCGAUCCAAGCAGGUCAGAAGACUGAAUCUGUCGAUGUAAUAAAUUUGCCGGACACCGUUGUAGCAUUAUUACACUGACCUGCCAUUAACACCUUGUAAGGCUUCUACCAUUUUCAACUGAUGGUGUAUUUAUUAUUACUCCUUCGCAGUUUCUUUGAGAUUUUCUUAUGUGCAGUUCCAAAUGAUCACCUCAGCCAUUUCAUCAAACCUAAUGCAGUAAUAAUGUUAAUGUUACUGCAUUGAUCACUUUAUGGUUUUAAGACUUCAUCACUUUGACAGUUACUCACUAUCUGGCAUUUUGGGCCUCAGCUGCUACAUGCAAGUAUAUCACUGAAUCAGCAAUAAAGUUUUUUGCAUAGAUGCCUGUUCAUUGUCGAUUCAAGUAACAUGUAGGUAGUAACACCUGUUCUCAUUUGUUUUCUCGCACGUCUUUAAAAGAUUAGAAUUGAUGGUUACCAGCUUUUUAUCAAACAUGGAGAAGACUCAGACGCUAGUGGCUCCUCAGCACCAGCUCACCGUUACUGUCAGAAACACUCAGCUUCACAGCAGCCUUAUUCCAGUGUAUAGUUACCACACAGCCACACCGUGAAUACCUUAGAAGUUUCUGUUUAAAGAGAAAGAGGAAACGAUCUCUGCCCCAUAUCUAGACUCAACUUCCCGCUGACCUCUGAGAUGAGAUUUUUCCUUUCAAGAUCAAUGAAUGUAUAAGUUAAAGUAGCGGAGAAGCACAUUAGUGUUUACAGUACACUAUACGAUCAGGUGUGUUCUACUUUAACAUUAAAACAUUAGUUACGUCUUUAGUAUUAGUGUCUGUACAAGUUUAAAGGACAAAUCCACCUCAUAUUUAAGACUAUUUGGGAGCAAGAAUCUGGGGACAUUACACUUCGUCUCCAUAAUGACUUUCUGGCAGAAAUAACAAACCAUUACACUUAAGUAUAGCUCCUUGCAACUUCUAAUAUGGAUUUGAUAGCAAAAGGGUUUGGGCCUCUUAUUAGGACCAUAACAGAAUACAUGAUGGUAAAUAAAGGAAAUCACAAGCUCAAACAGGCCACAAAACUAAAUAUACACUGGAAUAAGGCGCUUUAUAAUCUGUGUUGCCAGCAGUACCAAAGAUGCACCACCGUCAUUCUACAUCCACAUUAACUGGAAUAAACACUUAAGUAUUUUUCUGAACUUUCAUCUACUUUAUUAUUAAAUUUAAGUUUGUUCUUUAAUUGCUCAGUGUCCCACAACAUCUGACCGUUCAUUAAGAUGCACAAUACCUCAGAAUACUUCACUUAGUUUCAUUGAAGUACUGGUAAACUCAACUGGUGUCGACAAGGCCACGAGAAUUUCAGAAUUUGAGGAGAGCGGGUGUUUGUAUGGAUCUGACUGAGAUGUGUUCCUUAUAUUUGUACAAUUUAUGUUUAAACAUAAAAAAAAAUCCAAUGAUG